UGUGUCUACUGGAAAUACAAAGGGAAGGAAAGCUCUUGGUCCACCGAAGGCUGCACAAAGUUACACUCCAACCAAACACACACUGUGUGCAGCUGUGACCACCUCUCCAGCUUCGCUGUAUUAAUGGCACUAGACGAAUCACAGAUGCAAGAAAAUGUUGCCUUGACAGUGAUCAACUACAUUACAGUGAUCGCAUCCCUGGUCUGCCUCAGCCUGGCUAUCUUUACAUUCAUAUUCUGCUGUUCAAUCCAGAAAGCCAACACCACCAUUCACCUGCACCUGAGUGUCUGUCUCUUCCUGGCUCACCUCCUUUUUCUAGUUGGGGAGUCCAGAACCGAAAAGAAGGUGCUGUGUGCAGUCAUAGCUGGGCUCCUGCACUACCUCUUCACGGCCAGUUUUGCCUGGAUGUGCCUGGAGGGAGUGCAGCUCUACCUGCUGGUGAGAAACCUGAAGGUGGUGAAGUACAGCAGCAGGCAGGGGCUGCGAAGGAGGUACUUGCUGCUGGCUGGGUACGGCUCUCCUGCUCUCAUCGUGGCUGUGUCUGCUGGAGUCUUUCCAGAGGGGUAUGGGACCGACAAAUUUUGCUGGCUGAGUCAUGACAGAGGAUUUGUCUGGAGUUUUCUUGGUCCUGUUUGUGUCACAAUCGCUGUAAACACCAUUCUCUUCAUUGCAAUUCUCUGGACUUUGAGAUCGAAAAUGUGUGGCCUCAACACGGACGUGUCCAAAGUGAAAGACACCAGACUGCUGACUUUCAAAGCCAUUGCACAGUGCUUCAUCAUGGGCUGCAGCUGGAUCCUGGGAUUCUUUCAAGGAUUGGAGUUCUUCAGAUUUGUGUUUGUCAUUAUUAACUCACUGCAGGGUCCCUUUAUUUUCCUGGUGCACUGUGUACUAAACCAGCAGCCCCCAAAAAUGGUUUGUGCAAUGAUGACUGCCAAGACAGGAAGCAUGCUGAAUGGGUUUCUGCAGAGUGACUGGUAA